CCGAGGGCGCCGUCAGCGAGCCGGGGAGCUAGGCGAGGCCCGUGCGCCAGCGCCCGCAGCGCCCUCCGGUUGGGGAGAGGGGCUGGUGGCGUUAGCCCAGGCGGCGGAAUCCGCACGGUGGCAUCCCUAGUUGCCCCGGGUGCCUUCCUCAGGACCUGGCCGCUUUCUGCCUCGCCCUCUGCACCCCACUUCUCCAACCCUCCUUCCCAAUCCUGCCUGCCUCUGCCCCGAUCCCCGAGAGUCGGAUUGAGCCCAGGCCCGCGCAGCAGCUGUUGCUCGUGUCGUUGCCUCUCCUCCCGUCUUGGUGCUCUGCUGGGAACCCCCCAAGGAGCCAGUGCGCGCUGCGGGCUGGCAGAGAGGCUCCGCUCAGCCAGUCGUCCUCCUCCUGCUGCCGCCGCGGGUCCGUGCGCACCCCACACCCCCGCCAGCCAGGCCUCGGGGCACAUCUCCAGACUUUGAUUUGACUGAAGUAACUUAUACCACAGAGCUGUGGGCAUGCCUGGAAUUGAGAGACACAGUUAAGACUCCCAGUUGCUUCCUGCCUUUUGAAAACUCCUGAAAACCAUACCUUUGGACUCUGGAAUUUUACACAUCUCAACCAAGAUUUUGCUUGAAUGUUUACAUUUUCUGCUUGCUGUCCUACAUACCACUAUCUAGUGUUCAACUUUUGUUGAAACUUAGGGGUGUCAGGAGCUGAGCUUGCUUGGCAAGCCAGCAUGGCUAGGAUGGGCUUUGCUUUAGCAGCUCGCCAGUUGGUACUGGGCUUGCUAAUGACUUCAUUAACUGGAUCUUCCCUACAAAAUAGUGAGUGUCCACAACUUUGUGUAUGUGAAAUUAGGCCCUGGUUUACCCCACAAUCAACAUAUCGAGAAGCCACUACUGUUGAUUGCAAUGAUCUCCGCUUAACAAGGAUUCCCAGCAACCUUUCUAGUGAUACCCAAGUGCUUCUCUUACAGAGCAAUAACAUCGCAAAGACCGUGGAUGAGCUCCAGCAGCUUUUCAACUUGACUGAGCUAGAUUUCUCCCAAAACAACUUUACAAAUAUUAAGGAGGUAGGGCUGGCAAACCUGACCCAGCUCACUACUCUACAUUUAGAGGAAAAUCAGAUUACAGAAAUGACUGAUUACUGUCUGCAAGACCUCAGCAACCUUCAAGAACUCUAUAUCAACCAUAACCAGAUUAGCACUAUUUCUGCUAAUGCUUUUUCAGGCUUAAAAAAUCUUUUAAGGCUUCAUUUGAACUCCAAUAAAUUGAAAGUUAUCGAUAGCCGCUGGUUUGAUUCAACACCCAACCUGGAAAUUCUCAUGAUUGGGGAAAACCCCGUGAUUGGAAUUCUAGAUAUGAACUUUAAACCCCUCUCAAAUUUGAGAAGCCUGGUUUUGGCAGGAAUGUAUCUCACUGAUAUUCCUGGAAAUGCCUUGGUAGGCUUGGACAGCCUCGAAAGCUUGUCUUUUUAUGAUAACAAACUGGUCAAGGUUCCUCAGCUUGCCCUGCAAAAAGUUCCAAAUUUAAAAUUCUUAGACCUCAACAAAAACCCCAUUCACAAAAUCCAAGAAGGGGAUUUCAAAAAUAUGCUUCGGCUAAAAGAACUGGGAAUCAACAAUAUGGGGGAACUUGUUUCUGUGGAUCGUUAUGCCCUUGAUAACUUGCCUGAACUCACAAAGUUAGAAGCCACUAAUAACCCCAAAUUAUCUUAUAUCCACCGCUUGGCUUUUCGAAGUGUUCCUGCCCUAGAAAGCUUGAUGUUGAACAACAAUGCCUUGAAUGCUGUUUACCAAAAGACAGUAGAAUCCCUUCCCAAUCUUCGUGAGAUCAGUAUCCACAGCAAUCCCCUGAGGUGUGAUUGUGUCAUCCACUGGAUUAACUCCAACAAGACCAACAUUCGCUUCAUGGAGCCUUUGUCCAUGUUUUGCGCCAUGCCACCUGAAUAUAGAGGGCACCAGGUAAAGGAAGUUUUAAUCCAGGAUUCAAGUGAACAGUGCCUCCCAAUGAUAUCUCACGACACAUUCCCGAAUCAUUUAAACAUGGAUAUUGGCACAACAGUUUUCCUAGACUGUCGGGCCAUGGCUGAGCCAGAACCCGAAAUUUACUGGGUCACUCCUCUUGGAAACAAGAUAACUGUGGAUACACUUUCAGAUAAAUACAAGCUAAGUAGUGAAGGUACUUUAGAAAUAUCUAACAUACAAACUGAAGACUCAGGAAGAUACACCUGUGUUGCCCAGAAUGUCGAAGGGGCCGACACGCGUGUGGUAACAAUUAAGGUUAAUGGAACCCUCCUCGAUGGUACCCAGGUGCUGAAAAUAUAUGUCAAGCAGACAGAAUCUCAUUCCAUUUUAGUGUCCUGGAAAGUUAAUUCCAAUGUCAUGACAUCAAACUUAAAAUGGUCAUCUGCCACCAUGAAGAUUGACAAUCCUCACAUAACAUAUACUGCCAGGGUCCCAGUAGAUGUUCAUGAGUACAACUUAACACAUCUGCAGCCUUCCACAGAUUAUGAAGUGUGUCUCACAGUGUCCAAUAUUCAUCAGCAGACUCAAAAGUCAUGUGUUAAUGUCACAACUAAAAAUGCCGCCUUUGCACUGGACAUUUCUGAUCAAGAAACAAGUACGGCCCUUGCUGCAGUAAUGGGGUCCAUGUUUGCCAUCAUUAGCCUUGCGUCCAUUGCUGUGUACAUUGCCAAAAGGUUUAAGAGAAAAAACUACCACCAUUCAUUAAAAAAGUAUAUGCAAAAAACUUCUUCAAUCCCACUAAAUGAGCUGUACCCACCACUCAUUAACCUCUGGGAAGGUGACAGUGAGAAAGACAAAGAUGGUUCUGCAGACACCAAGCCAACCCAGGUUGACACAUCCAGAAGCUAUUACAUGUGGUAACUCAGUGGAUAUUUCGCUUCUGGUAGUAAGGAGCACAAAGACGUUUUUGCUUUAUUCUGCAAAAGUAACAAGUUGAAGACUUUUGUAUUUUUGACUUUGCUAGUUUGUGGCAGAGUGGAGAGGACGGGUGGAUAUUUCAAAUUUUUUUAGUAUAGCGUAUCGCAAGGGUUUGACACGGCUGGCAGCAUCUCUAGGCUUCCAGUUUGUGUUUGGUUUUUAUUCUUAUCAUUAUUAUGAUUAUGAUUAUUAUUAUUUUGUUUUAGUUGUUGUGCUAAACUCAAAAAUGCUGUUCUAACUACAAUGCUCAAUAAAAUUAUUAAUGACAGGUUGGGGUUCCCCUGUGCUUUUACCAAUAGCAUGACCUCUUCUUCUGAAGCCAUCAGUAGAAAUUACCAUGUCCUCCAAAAAGCUAACAAAGUGUGAAGCAGCAUUGAACCUUUUGUAGCAAUCUGGUCUACAGACUUUUAACUCAAGAAGCUAAGGCUAGACUUGUUAACCUUCCUUGAAUGAUGUUAGUUGACUGUACUGUAAUGUUGUAUCAACUGAAUUGAAUAUUUGCCUUUGAACAAUGAUUUUUCUUUUUUUGUAAUAGUUAAAGAGGCUAAGAAUAAGCUAACAGGCAAUAGAAAUAUGUAUAUCAGAUUUUUUAAUGUAACAAACUACAUGUUAAUUGUUACCUUAUUCUUUUUAUCUUUAGUAGACACUUUUAAAAGAAAAGACAAUUUUGUUGUGUUUAACUCACCAAUAUGUGGUGUAUAAUGAAGACAGAACUAUAAUAAAUUAGUUUUGUUCUGAUUUUUUUAGAACACUUGCAAUAAUGUAUCAUUUAUAGUUCUUGCUAGUUGCAGUGGUGAUAUAUUUCACAUCCCUAAAACAACCACCAAAAUAAAUCAACUAAAGCAUGAUGCUUUUUAAAACUAGGCCCUAAAAAGUUUUGAAUUCUUUUUCUAAGGGAAGAAAUACCUAUUUUAGUGAAGAUAUUUUAAAUGAAAAGGAUUUCUAUAUUUUAAAUAUUACUGAUCAGACCUAAUGGAGGGAAACAUCCUCACGAACAAAAAGGCAUAUUACUCUAUCCCAUGCAUCACUAAAUGUGGUUAAAAAAAAUAGAGAUAAGACACAUUUAUAAGGAGAUAGAUAUGUCACAUUCCUUUUCUGUAAGGGUUUUGUUAAAAUCUGAAUUUUUUUAGUAGUAUCCACACUCUCCAUCAAAGUCUAAAACAGAGCUAUGCAGUAUUCCAAAAUAUAUUACAUGUUAGUCCUUUUUAAAUGCCUUUCUAUAUGCUUAGACUCAUAUUAGCCCAUAUAUCUGUGUGAAGAUAUCUGCUGAGACAAGUAAAUGGUUAAUAGAAAACAGAACAACUUCUGUACAUUUGGCAUUUUUCAGCCAAAAAAAAUAGAGUUUGGCAGAAUUAUGUUUCCUGGGAAAUGUGUGUGUGAAAUUUCGGACAGAAAACAAGCUAGAUUUAGGUAGAAGGUCAGUUCCACAAAGUAUGUGUGUUGGGGGAGGUGGGGAGGGGCUGAAGAUAUACUUAGAGGAAAAAGGAACCAUUUGAAAAUGCAGAUGAAUAAUACAGAGAAAUAAAGAAAAGCUUCUCCAGAUGGCACCUCCUGCCAGGGACACGCCAUCACACCAGGAACGAUCAGAUUGUAAAAAAGGGACUGAGAACUAGCACGUGCCAGCUGAGCAAAAGCAGGAAGAAGGAAGCAGAAAGAACACGCAGGUGAGGCAAGCUGAAAGGAUUUCUUUCUUUGUAAAAUUCCUUGUUUCAUGAAUCAUUUAGAAAAAAAUCAUUUUUUUUCAUAUGCUGAAGCAAAUGAGCUGCAGCAGAAAAACGAGUAUUUGAGCUAGAAGCAUCUCUUCCCACAGCCUUCCUUUCUUGAUGAGAAAAACCUAUACCCAGAGAAGAAUUGUAACUUGCCCUGGUCAGACUCCCCUGACCAUUGAGAACUCUGCACUCCCGUCUAUUGCUCUGGGUCCUGCAGCUUUCUAGACUCCCGUGCAGAGCUCAUUUCUCACAGUUCUCAACAACCUCUAGUGCCCUUGCUUCAAAAAUGCUCUAUAUCCUCAAGUUCUUACUUACUCAGGACAAAAUUCAGCACAAGGGCAGAACCGGAGGGUCACAAAAGCUUCUACAUUCUUGAUAUUACCAAGUACAUGUAGGAAGCAGAGAAUUGAUGUUGCUUUGGAUGCAACCUUGGGGAAAUUUCCUGUUGGGUGAUUCUUGUCUUCAAAUAUCUACAGAGAGCAGUAUACACCAUCUAGCAAACUCCUCGUAAUUCUGCAAACAAUGAAAGGGGAGUGACACUGAAGCAUCAGGCUUUAGAGCAGGGAGGAAAGAGGAGGCAUCGUUUAUCCGAUAAAGCAAUGAUUUGAACCUGGCACAUUUAUCAUCACUCAAAUAUUAGUGGAAUAAAUGAAGGGAAACAACAAUUUUUCAACUCUGGAUAUAUAGAAGGCACCAGGGAAUCUGGUGUUUUUGUCAACUACCUUUUGCCAGGCCAGUUUGGGGGAAACAAUCCCUUUUAACUUUUAUUCCUCCAAUAAAAUAUUUUGAGCUUAUUUUUCCUUGUCUGUCCUAAUUGGGUUGGUUUUCAGUUGACAGCAAAAUGGCAUGGUACUUUUUUCCCUAGCCAAGUAUUUCUUCAUUUGUGCUUAAUUCAAUGUGGUAAGUUAGACAGCCAGUGAAAUUAGGCAUCAAAGUAAGUUCCUGAUUGAUAAUGGAGGUUAUAUCACCUUUACCAGUGAAGUGACAAUUACAGGUCACUUUCUAAUUUCAUAUUUUCCCUUUUGCUUCCUGCUGCUCUCAGGACAUAUAAUGUAUCUCAACCUGAUUUUACGAGGUUAUUUUUGGAGGUAUUACUUAAAACAGGCAUUCUCAAAUUUGCCUGUUUAAUUAAUGACAAAUUGAACUGAUGCCAUGAAUAUAUAAAACAAAUGCAAUGUUUGAAUAUCAAGUUUUCUAAUUUGGCUGUGGGUUUAGUUUAGCGAAAAGGAAUCAUCUCCAUUCUUUACCAAAGUCCAUUAUUUUCUCUCAUGUGGUUUUCUACUCAUUCAUUCAUGCAUUCAUUCAUUCAUUUGCUGAAAACUCCACAAUCAACUCUUUACUUGUUUGCUUUCUAUCUCUGCAUUUAUCCUCCAAAGCAUUUUCUUUUCUUCAUUCCUAUUUUUAUAAUGGAGGAAGAAAAAUAUUUUGUAUUUCUAGCACUUUGCCAGGAAAAACAUACUUUCUGCUUUACUAGUCAUUGAAAAGGGGGAUUUAACUACUUCUGAUGCAUUCUAACUACAACUGAAAGUGCUUUCUUCACCUCCAUCCUUUCACUCUUACCCUGGUUGCAGAUAGACUUUAUUAUUAUUAUUAUUCAUAAGUGGUUAACUAGAGGGAAAAUAUUUCUUUAAAGGUGAGUUUUAGAAUCACCCUCCAGAGCUAUAGAAUUAUCUUGGCCUGAAAUCUCUGCAGGACGCGGGUGGGCAUGCUUUCUCAUCCCUGCCCUCCCCUCCUUCCCCACAUGCACUGAGAUCAGCUCCUUCUCUCUGAACUCUAAGUCAGAAACUUAGGGCCUAUGGUAAAAAUAAGGAGAUGACAAUGGAAUUCAUUAUUUCUGUACUUACUGGUUCGGCAUUGCCCAGCACAGGUUAACAGAACUAAAUGGGUUCGUUUUGUUUUGUUUUUUGUACUGUAGAAUUCCUCAGAGACUUGAUGGCACUAAUAUAAACUACACAGCAUUUCCCACAGCCAUUUACCAUUGGUAUGUCUCAGGGUACUAUUCCAUCCUACAGAUCCUGAGAAGUUGAGGAUUUAACUUGAUCCCCAAAACAAUUCUGGUGAACUGGGUGGUAUUCUUUACAAUUUACAGAUAAGGAAACUAAGGUCCGUAGGAAUAGUCAUUUGCCUGACACCAUAAAGCUCUGUAAGUGGUCACCAUGAUGGGGUCCUUCACUUCUAGCUUCCUCUUCCUCUGUCCAGCCCCCUUCUAAAGUGGAGAGAGGAGCAUGUGUGAAAAGGCAGAGGCUGGAGGCCACAGGGCACGUGGGUAAGGCAGAGUAAAUAUACCAAGGGAGAGCUAAUGGGAGAUGACAUUGAAAGUUUUCUUUAUGUAUUAAAAUGCACUUCUCUUUUCCCCCUUAACAAGCUUUAUGUGCUGGAGAUCUGUGAGCUACACAUCAAAACUGUUUAUAUCAGGCUAAAUUUUAAUUCUAAUCUUUAAUUCUCCCUAUACUCUCCUCUCUGUUACCUGCUUAGAAAAUUAAAGUUUUAAAGAUUUUGUGGAGGAGAUUCUAAGCUCAUUCUUUCCUUUGCAGUAAACCAGGGAAGGCUAGUGGAAAAUCACUGACAAACUCAGUGUUUAGCUCAAAAGCUUAUGUGGGGAAAUUUGAAGUUCAUGUAAUUGGGUAGUUAUAAGGGUGGUAUCUGACAUAUCUGGAAACAAAAGGCUUUUGUACAAUCCACCAAGUUUGUGGAGUUUGUGGGAUAUUUAUACUCAGGAAACUGUUCCCUCAAAUAAGUCCAUCUGGAAGCCAUAGGACAUUAAAAAGGUGUCUUUUUUUAAAUAAAUGCAAUAGCCUCCCCAACAUAUCCCAUUGUCAGUUACACAUUACUUUUUAUGAAGCAAAACCAGUCUCAUGCACCUCACUUAAGUAGCUCCAGGCACAAUGUGGUUCAGAUAUUGCCACUUUUCUCCUUUCCUCCUUGGCCUCCCUCUUUGUCCCAUAGGAUUAAAUGAUGUAGAUUUUAGCCUGGGCCCUGACAGAAUGCUCAUGAAUUCCUAAUAAGGGGGCUGUCCUGAAUUAAGUGGUAUUUUAAUGCAUCAGUCUUCUUGUUAGCAUGUUUCACUAAUAUGAACAGAAAAAUGGGGUAGUCAUGGGGGAAGGAAAACAAACCAUUUACCAUAGUUACUUCUGAAGGAAUAAGGUAGGAAAACGCUGUAUAUAGCUCUCCCCUAGGAGCUUCACACAGAUCAUUUACAUUUAAUCCUCUUGAUUGCCCCCAGGAGGUGAAUCUUAUUGUCCCUACAUUAGAGAAUGAUAAAAAUGGGUACUCAGCCUCAGAGAUGCAAGCAACUUACCUGAAGCCAGCUGGCAAGAGGCAGAAUUUUAACUUGGGGUCUAUAUGACUAAAACUUAUAGUUGUUCACUUAUAAAAUGGUCUGCAAACUAAAUCUGGAUCUGGCGUGUAGAACACAUAGCACAAAAGUCAGUUUGUCACUUGAGACAGAAGGGGAAAAAAGAAGCAAAAGGGAGGAAUGCCCAGCAAUGAGGCAUCUGAGUUAUAGCGGUCUAAUUUAAGGCCCAAACCUGAGAUCAAUACAUGGAAAUAACAGCAAGCCAAAGAGAGGAAAAAAUAAAGGACAACUUUUCAAAGUUUGUGACAACAUCUGCAUACAAACAAAUGGAAGAGAGUGAAGCUGCAGAAGAAAAAAAUGUUUAAAAAUGGUGGGGUGGGGUGGAAGUCUGAGUAGAUACCAUGUAUUGCUCUAUGUGAAACACUUGGCAUAUUCCAGAUGUGCUAAGCACUUGACCUGUAUUAUCUCAUGUAACUGUUAAUAACUUUAUGAGUAGGUAGAUCUCCAUUUUUCACAUAGAGAAGCUGAGUUUCAGUUCACCAGUCAUUAGUGAUAAAGCCCAGGUUUCAACUCUGGCUGUCAGAUUCCAAGACCCAAGACUAACCACUAAACUUUUUUCUAUCUGAAGAGGCUCGCAGAGUACUGGGCUGGCCUUCUCAUUUGCUUGACUGGCUCAGUUCUUUCCUGAGACUUGGGAAGCAAGGAAAAGAGUAGGUUUCCUGACCUGUCUAGGAUCUUUCAUGGGCCUUCCCACAAAAAGAUUGUUAACAUGGAAUUAAUGCAAUAGGCCUAAGUAAGAGGAAAAAUGCUGCCUCAGUGUUUUUCUUUUGUAACCCUUAAAGUUAGUCACACAUUUUAACAAUAUCUCUGAUCUAUAUUUUAAAGCUAUUCCACAUUAGUCAGAGCAAAGACUUGUUUCAAUUCCUUAUGUAAUCUAAUCUUAACUUUCUUGUAAAUCAUUCCAGAGUAUGGGGUGCAGGGAGGAUACAAUCCCUGGAGAACUGUUAAAGUGGGAAGUUUUAUACCUAAUCCCAUAUCUUUGUGAUCUCAAUAGCCCUUAAUUAAAAAAUGUAUUACUCUCUAUCUUCUAAGAGACAAACUGGUUUAAGUAUCUCCCAUUCUACCGAUGAAACUGAAAAGAAGGCAACUAUGAUUCCUAACUAAAAUGUAUGCUCCCAUAUUAUUUUCCUUCUUGUUAGAGCAUUACACGCUAAAACAAUGCUUGAUUUCACCUAAUUUUAUUCUAACCGGUUUAGGUGUGACCCCUUCCCCACAUCAGAAAACAGUUCUUAUCUGCCAUUCAUUUUGAAAUGCUAUUUUUUUCUUUUGAUUAUAACAGUACUAUAUGUUCACUAUAGAGAAUCUGGAGAAAAAUAUGUAUUAAGAAAAAAUAGCACAUAAUUCCACAAUUCCAAAAAACCAAGUGAGAUUUUGGUAUGCUUUCUUCUGGUCUGUGCAUAUAGUUAUAUAUGUAUAUAUACAUGUAAUUAUAAAAAAUACGUGUUUAUGAAUACAGAAUUAGAAUCCUGGUGUA